AUGUCCGCCUUGCAGAUCCUGGCUUUCGUCAGCGGCCUCGGGGGUCUGGGGGCCACCAUCGGCGCCACGGUGUCCAACGAGUGGAGGGCCACCAGCCGGGCGUCCUCGGUCAUCACGGCCACUUGGGUGCUGCAGGGCCUGUGGAACAACUGCGCCGGGAACGCCAUCGGCGCGCUCCACUGCAGGCCGCACCACACCAUCUUGAACCUGGACGGUUACAUCCAGGCCUGCAGGGGGCUGAUGAUCGCGGCGGUGUGUUUGGGCUUUUUUGGCACCGUCUUCGCCCUUGUGGGGAUGAAGUGUACCAAAAUAGGAGGAAGUGACAAGAGCAAGGCCAGGAUCGCCUGCUUCGCGGGUUUCAGUUUUAUCCUCAGCGGCCUGUGCUCCCUUUCAGCAUGUUCCAUCUAUGCGCACCGGAUCACCUCAGAGUUUUUCGACCCCAUGUUUGUGGCGCAGAAGUACGAGCUCGGAGCGGCGCUCUUCAUCGGCUGGGCGGGUUCUGUCCUUUGUGUUCUGGGCGGAGGUGUGCUCUGCUUCUCUGCGGCGGACUGCAAGAAAAGUCGUCGUGAUUAUGUCUACAAAGGCGCCCCCUCGCACUCCCACGUCUCCUCCUACCACAGAGGAAGAGGACCGUCUGUGAGCCAGAGGCCGCCUCCCGAGUACAGCAGCUCCUCCAGGGCCCCCAACUUCGAUAAGAACGUGUACGUGUAAACGACGUGAAUAUUAAGAGCCGCCGUGUGCUGAAUGGGGGUGGAGACGGCGUGAAGCAAAAGAUAACAGCACGCCGGAGGAAAUGUUUCUGUGGAACAGCAGGUGAAUGUCAUUCAGGUCCGGUGGGAAGUAAGUCUG